AUGUUACCUGAACCAUCAAUACGAUUACGAGAAGCGAUCAUAGAAGGGAAUCUUUUAAUAGUAAAACGACUACUACAUCGAUAUCCAGAUUUAUUGACUAAUAUAGAUCCCACAAAUGGAUGGAGUUCAUUACAUUAUGCAUCGUACCAUGGUAGGUACCUGAUAUGCGUUUAUCUUAUACAACUGGGUCAUGAUAAAUUUGAAUUAAUAAGGACGUUUAAAAACAAUACAUGUGUUCAUUUAUCAUUAAUAAAUGGUCAUGAACAAACAACACAUUUACUUCUACAACACUUCCCACAGUUUAUGAAUGCCAAGGGCGAUCAUGGUUGGACACCUGUCCAUAUUGCUUGUAUGCAUGAUCAUUAUCAAUGUUUGAGUCUUCUUAUAGGAGUAGGUGCCGAUGUCUUAUUAACUGAUGAUAAUGGAGAGACUCCUCUGCAUAUAUGUUUAGAAUAUGGAAGUGUUCAAUGUAUGAGACUACUGGUAAAGGAAACAAAUUUAAUUAAUGAUAAUGUUAAAGAUAUGAACAAUUUUAAGCCAAGUGAUGUUGUUGAGACAUUUGAAUUGGGGAAAUUAUACAAUAAAGUUCUUAAGGAAGAGCAACAACAAACAUCAGAUUUAUCAACAACAAAGAAGAAUACUUUGCAAUCAUUUAAGACACCUACCUUACCUGCGACUAAAACAUUCGAUAAUGGACCUUCACCUGUAUUUUCUAUGCAUUCUCCAUACUCUUCUUCUUUUUCACUUGGAAAUUCUAAUAUUCCUCCAUUGCCCAACAUCUCAAUGAGUAGAAGAACAUCCUUAGCUGCCACAACAGCAUUAUUUACACCAAGAGGUGCCUCAAGGAAAUCAUCCUCAUCGAAUGUUAGUACCAAUUCUGCCCUCGGGAAUACAAAUAAAAAUGGUCUAUUGAUAGAGACAACUCCAAAACUGGCACCUAACAAUAACAAUAAUAAUAAUAAUAAUAAUAACAAUCAAAAAUUAUCAUACGUAUCAAAUAUGCCGAACUCGCCAAUUUCAACAGUCCAUAAUAACAAUAACAGUAUGUUGGUAAAUAAAUAUUUACUAUCAAAUUCUAGUGACGAAUUACAACCAUUACAAUUGUCACCUAUCCGUCAAAGAAGAAUGACUGCUUCUGCAAACCCUGGAAUGGAGAGUAUUGACUCUUCAUCAGCGUCUUCUUCAUUAAGUGCGACGGUGGUACCUCUACCUGUACAACAGACAACAACAACAACAACAACAACAACACCAACAGCGAAAGAACAUCGCCUAUUUCCUCUUGGGUCAGGUACUACAAGAAGACUUUCAUUAUUAAAUAUUCCUAUCUCAAAACUAAGAAACAAUGUUAGUACAUCAUCUACUGAAGAGUAA